UUUUAUUGGUGUGGAGCAAACAUGAAUCAAUAGCCAGAAUUGCAGGAGGAAUUUAUGUGAGUGUUUUAAGGGAUAACAGAAGAUAUCAAAUGGACCUCCUAGAAACUUUGAUAAUAUCAUCAGAAAAAGCUGCAAACAUCGCAAGACUGUUAAGGCAAAAUGAAAAAUUGUUUGAAAAACUUGUGGAACAAAAGUCGACGAAAGAAGCCAACCCCAGGUUUCAGCAGGAUUUCAAAACCUUAGCUGACGUGUUAAUACAGGAAAUGGUUAAGCAUGAUGUCGGAUUAAAGUUUCCUUCAAUCCGUGAAAAAGUCUACGGAGAAGAAUCCAAUAUGUUUUUCAGUAAAGAAUUAAAUAAAUAUAUUUUAGUGGAAGUUAAAGAAAGCCAAGAGGCAACAGCUGCAUUGCUAGCAGAGUUACUAGAUGAUGAUGAAGAAGUUGCGCAAAUGCUAGCUACAGAGGUACAUAGAAUCAUUGAUAUUAAAGAAGUUAAAACAAAAAUUCCCCAAGGAACUAUUGAUAUUGUUAUAGAUGAUUUGAGUAUUUGGAUUGAUCCCAUAGAUGGAACAAAUGAAUAUGUUAAAGGAACUUAUGAGACUAAAACUGGAGAUUUCUACACAAAAGGGCUUAAAUGUGUUACAGUUUUAAUUGGAGUUUAUGACAAGAAUGGAGAACCUGUUAUGGGAGUUAUUAAUCAGCCUUUUUUCGAGCAAGAAGAUCAAGGCUAUCAAUGCCAUUGGGGCAUAUGCAUUCAAGACAAAUAUAGGCUAUCAUCAAUUAACGUAUCGGAUUUGAAACAAACGAAUAUAGUUUGUAUAGGUGAAGGUGAAAGUGCGGAGAUUAAGACGACCCUUGAAAAUGGAGGGUUUGAUUUGGUUGUUUCGAGAGGAGCUGGAUACAAGCUACUCACGGUAGUUCUAGGUUUAGCUGAUGCUUAUAUUCUGUCUAAACCCUCAACAUUUUUUUGGGACACUUGUGCUCCACAAGCCAUUUUAAGAGCCUUGGGUGGUAAUAUUGUUGAAAUGAACGGAAUUGUGACUCUCCAAAUGAAGCAGUGUUUAACAUAUAAUAAUGAUAAGGGUGGCUCUAAAUGUAAUUCAAAAGGAAUUAUUGCUUAUAGAAAUGAAGCUGUUCUGGAGAAACUCAUGAAGUUUAAAUGGACUAACUAGAUGUAUAUUGCCAAAUAAAGAUUGUUAUAUUUU